AUGACAACCAAAAAUGGAUUAACAAGUGCACCAAAUUCUAUUAGUUCCUCAAACGGGAAUACAAUAUUACCCGUUGCCCGUGUCAAACGUAUUCUUAAAGAAGACGAUGUUACAUGUGGUCCAGACGUGUCUUUUCUGUUUGUGGCGACAGCGGAGCUAUUUAUUGAAUAUCUUGCAAAACAAGGUCUCGAACAAGCAAAAAAAGAGGGACGAAAAAAUUUGAACUAUCAAGAUUUAGCUAAUGCAGUAACGAGAACAAGCAACCUCGGAUUUCUAAAAGAUGUAAUACCACAAACAUACACACUCGAAAGUGCUAUGAAACUUUAUGAAGAUGCCAUGAAAAUGAGGAGUGAACUUCACGCCGCCAUGUUAACCGACAAUGAUGAGACUGAAAGCAACAGUGACGAGGAUUAUAUAAAGAACGCUUGUGAUCAAAGCGAGAGUGAUGAUCGGACUGAUAUCAGUGAAGAUGACGGAAGUUCAAUAGCAGAGAAUACUCCGAAUGGUCGAAAUCUACAUCUCAACGGUUAUAACCAUGAAGCUGAAAAUGGUAUCUUAUCCGAUAGUGAACUUAGUGAAGCCCCGGAAACUUCUAGUGAAAUUGGCUCGGACACUGUUGUAAAUGACGAUUAG